AUGAUUGGGUGCUGCGAGGUGCACUGCUUCCUGGGAGGGUCAUUUGGGGAGGUGGCUCAGCUUGCGAUGGCCGGUACUAGGCUGGUUGUUGGGCGGAUCCAAGCCCUGGGUCUCAGGGUGUCCCUUGACAAAACGGAAGCCCUGCUAUUUCAUGGCCCGAGGAUGGGUCCUCCUUCGGGGGCGGCAUUGGUGGUUGAAGGCGUUAGGAUUUCAGUGGCCUCCUCCAUGAAGUAUCUUGGUCUUGUUUUAGAUGGUCACUGGAAUUUCGAGCCCCAUUUUAAAUCUCUCGAGGGGAGACUUGUUAGGGCGGCAGGAGCACUUGGCAAGCUCUUGCCUAAUCUUGGAGGCCCAUGCCAGAGCGUGCGCCGGCUGUACUGCGGAAUCAUUCGCAGUAUGGCCCUGUACGGGGCCCCCAUUUGGGACGACGCGCUGAUCAGGCGGACGAACCGUAUGCUUAUACGGAGGCCGCAACGAGUGAUUGCGGUUCGGGCAGCUCGCUGCUACCGUACCGUAUCGUUCGAGGUGGCCUGUGUGUUAGCUGGUACUCCUCCUUGGGAGCGGGAGGUGGAACUUAUCGCUGCCUUAUACCGUGCGAAGGCCGAGGUAAUAUUUAACGAGAACGUCACGUGGGGGGAAAUAGCGGGGCAUAUGAGGCGUCAUGCCAGAGAAAUUCUUUUCGAAAGGUGGUUUGACGAUCUAGCAACGCCCCGCGCUGGUGCAUUGACAAUAGGGGCAAUUCGCCCAGUCUUAAAAGACUGGGUGAAUAGGCGUUGGGGUGCUGUGACGUUUCGGCUUUCGCAGGUACUGUCUGGCCAUGGAUGCUUUGGGCGGUAUCUGCAUAAGGUGCCUAGAAGGAAGGUGCAUCCGUUGUGCCACCAUUGCGGCGCUCCAAAUGACACGGCGGAGCAUACUGUGGCUGAGUGUGUCACCUGGACAAGGGAGCGUCAUGACCUGGUAUCGGUCAUAGGGUCGGACCUCUCUUUACCGGGUAUUAUUUUAGCUAUGUUAGGAAGUGAGGAGGCCUGGAGUGCAAUGGUUACCUUCUGUGAGCAUGUAAUGCUGCAGAAGGAGGCAGCUGAGCGAUUGAGGGAAAGGUCUGGGGAUGAUCGUAGACUAACCGGUAGUUCAAGGCUGGGGCUCGUCCUCGAGUGGCCCGGAACCGCAGGUCUUGAAUGA